AUGGCGCUGUGGUGGUGCGCCAAAAUCUUCUGCAGGUUGGCUGCAGCGUGGUUUCCUCUGCUCUUCUCAUCACUGCUCUGGCAAACGAUCUGCCCUGUCUACGCUGUCCCAUCUUGCCCGCGGACCUGUAGCUGUCCAGGUGUUAAAGAGGUCCACUGUACAUUCAGACACCUCACCAACAUACCAAAGACCUUCCCUAAAGACACAGAGAGGCUCAACCUGGGUUAUAACAGCCUGACGGAGGUGGAGGGGUCAGAAUUCAAGUCACUACGGCAACUGGAAAUGCUCAUGUUGCAUGGCAACGACAUUAACACAGUACACCCUGGGGCAUUUUACAGCCUAAGAUCAGUACAGAUCUUGAAGCUGAGUUACAACAAGCUAACAUCAGUGACCCCUGGUCUGUUUGAGGGUCUUGUUGGUUUGAUCCGUCUCCAUCUGGACCAUAACCUUAUUGACUUUAUAGAGCCGUACUCCUUCUCUGGCCUGACCUCCCUAAAACUCCUGCAGCUGGAGGGGAACCUCCUCAAAGAGAUCCACCCUCAUACCUUCAUAACAGUGUCACUGCUGGGAAACUUUUGGACUUCUGGACUCAAACACUUACACCUGUCAGACAAUCUGUUGGAGCAGCUCCCAGCUGCAGCACUAAAGACAGCUCCCAGACUUGAGCUUCUCUCUCUUCAUGGUAAUCCCUGGACCUGUGAUUGUCAACUCCACUGGUUGAUAGAAUGGAGUUCCACACAUGAAGGUGUAAUAAAGUGCAAGAAGGAACGUGGUUCCAGUGAGACCUGCCCCCAGUGCUCCUCUCCUCAACCCCUGAAUGGUACCCUCUUGUUAGGGUUAACUUCAGACAAGCUUACCUGUGAACGGCCAGAUCUUCGCUCCCCUCUCAAAAAGUGGGACAAUCCUGCAUAUGCUGAAUCUGAAGCAGAGCCUGACAUCCCUUACACCCGGGACUUUGAAAAACCAUUGGGCCACCUAACCUUUGUUCUCUCAGAUAGCCACGGAAACAAUGCUCAUGUGGCAUGUGAUGUACGCCACCCUGGUGACAGUUCCCCCAUGACUUGGACUGUAAAUCCACAUUUACCUGGGGAGUUAUCUGUCAAUGUAUCGCUAGUGACUGUUCUUGAGUGUGAGAUUGACCGGGAGACGCUGCAAAAUCUAUGGCAACUGGUUGCAUAUUACUAUGAAAGCCCAGCUAUCUUGGAAAGAGGUCAACAGAGAGGAAAUGCAAGCAGAGUAACCUAUCAGUAUUCCCAAGCUGUUAAUGAAAAUUCACCAUAUUUCACAGAAUUAAAAGGGUAUUUGGUAGCUGAACCCUCGUGGCUGCUUCAACCUAGAGUCACUUUAAGGCUCAACAGACAGCAGACAACAACUAAGAAACUGGUGAUGGAUUUUACUACUUUAAUUACCAAACAUAUCAACAGUUUUAGAGGGCAGGAAGAUGACAAUGACUUUGCUUCUUCCUGGGCACUGAUUCACAGAGGGACAGCAGGACGGGUUCAGACAGCUCUUGCAGGUUCCAAGGUUCGCUUGGAGUGCAGUGUCAUCACUUCAAAUCCAGAGGUGAAAGUUGAGUGGGUGCUUCCAGAUUUGUCCAUUGUGGAAGAUGCAAAUGAUAAAACAGAAAUUUCUGAAAGAGGAGAACUUGUGAUCUUAAAUGCCACACUAUCUGACUCAGGCCUCUACCACUGCAUGGUCAGGACCAAAGCUGGUGUCGAUUUGAUGCCUUUGAGGCUCACAAUUAAAGAACUCUCACUUAGCCCCACUGCUCUCAAUGGUCAGAAAAUUGUUGUUGAAAAGGGACGCUCUUUAGUUCUUCCUUGUGACGUGACCUCAGUUCAGCCAAGUCAAACUAUAUGGUACCUGCCCAAAAAUCUAAUUUUACUCCCCACGCAACAGACAAGACGAGCAGAAGUGAUGGAAAAUGGGACUUUGGUAGUAAGAAAGUUAACACAAGAAGAUGCAGGGGAAUAUAGCUGCUUAGCCUCAAAUCUGUAUGGAGUUGACAUGUUAUCACACACUGUGGAAGUCACAGGAGAAAAGGCCUCUGAUAAGUCUAAAGUACAGACAGAGAAAGAGCAGCACAUUUUACCAAUUGGCAUGGAGGAAGGAGAAGGUUCAGGGGGAGAUUACCAGGAAAUUAUACGUCCUUUUGCUACGCAGUUUCCUAAGAGGGUUGGAACACAGCAAAGGAAUCCCAAUGGGUUUUCCAAAAGAAUACGAAUAAAAGAUUCAAAAAGAAAACCCAAUAAAUCUGUUAAGGAAUUAGAUCCAAAUCGUUGGGCAGAGAUAUUGGCUAAAGCUAAUGCUAAACCAACUGUUGCUCUGCCUACAGAGCAGUCUCUAGAAGAGCCCAGUACUGUAACAGUCCAAACAAGUACAUCUAAACCUACUACAAUAAUUCCCACAACAAUUGCUACUACUACUGUUAAGUUACCCCAUACUACUAACCCUCCUGAUAUUACAAUAGAGCAAACAUAUUUUCCCAUGAGCACAAGAGCAAAGUCUGAGGACCAUUCAAAAAAAGAGAAGUCAGAAAGUCUACCACCGGUUUUACAACCACCACCAACACAUCCCAGAAUUACAGAACCAUCCCUACACAAUUUUGGUGGGAUUACAGAAAAACCCAUUCAAUCUAUCACAGAAUCUCCUGUUAUCGGAACUCCUCAGCCAGUUGAUCAGUCUGAAAAUAAGCACACUGGAGAGGGGAGAAGGAACAACCUUGUUCCUGAUCGCUCAAACAGGAGAAGGCCCCCUUUCAGGCGUAGAAAACCCCCAAUGAGAAGAGUAAAUCCCUUCAACUAUCCAUUAAACAAGCCCCAAACAACUGUUCCCCCAACAACCACCACACCAACAACAACGACUACAACUACUACUACCACUACCACUACUAUCACCACUACAACACCUGUUGCAACCACAGUGGAAAACCAUGAAAACUUAUCUGCUGAGUAUCAAACAGAGGAAGAUGAAGGUGAAGACUAUGAAUAUAAUUACAAGGACAGUGAUAGUUUGGAUCCCAAAGAAGAUUCAAACAGUGAAACUACUCGUGAUCUUGACAGCAUCCUUACCACACUUCCAUCAGUUACAGAAGUUCCAGAUGUAGAUAGCUCUCCAGGUAAACAUAAUUUACAUAAUCCAAAGACAAUUGUCACUCCAAAGUUAGAUAGUACCCCUCAUCCAACUGAAAGGACUGUUGAUGAAAAUGAGAAAUAUACUGUCAACCUAGAGAAAUUUGAGAGGGGCAGACAGAAUAAAAAUCUUGCAGGAGAGAGUGAGAGGGAGGUAAUGACAGCAAUGGAACAGCACGAAAAACACAAAACAGACACAGAGGGCAGUGAGAGAGACACAAAAAAAUCUAAAAAGGAGUGGGUUACACAGAACUACAAUACAUGGGAUAGCAUUCGGUUAACGACGCAAAAUAGACCAAGACUUAACACGCGACCUUCACUAGAGCAAAAUACACCAGCCCAGGCAAAAACGUCAUCUUCCAAGGUCACUACUUCACAUUCAACAAGAGGGAGGACAGGAGAGGAAGUCACACAGAGUGAAGGUAAAGAGGUAAACAAGCCAGAAGUAAAGCCUGAGAUUCACAGCUUCCCAGUAAUGGAGCCACUUCACCCCUGGCUUCAUCCCAAUAACCACGGAAGAGGGCAAAUUGCCACUACCAGGACGACAAACACAAAUCAAGAAAGAAAUACAGGAAGGCAGGGUAAAGUGAUUCCAGGUAGACACUCCCAGCCCCCCAGAGUUGCCCCAACCUCUCGCUGGCCUUCACACCAUCAUCAUCAUCAUUACUACCCCCUCUACCCUUCAUGGCCAAGUCAAAAGUCGUUUCCUCAUCCAAGGCAAGGCCCUGGGUCACACCCUGUGCCCACCCAUCGAACCUGGCCUCUCCUCCACCCCUGGGCUCCAGGUCCAGUUGUCACCAACAGACCAGAAAUCACAGCUGAAACAGUCAAACCCACACCUACAGCUUCAGGAGCAACAGAAAACCCCAGAGUCACACCCUCUAAUCCCCACCUGUUGCAUCAUCGUCAUCAAAAUCAUCACAUGGAAGGCAGGACCCAAAUAAGAGAUAAACUGUUUCUAUCAAGGCUGAGGAACAGAUACAGACAGGCACAGCUUGAUCGCAUCGCACAGCUAGGGAGGAUGGUAACACCCAAACCUCGCACAAACUUCUACAAUCCUCCAUCCCCCAUCACAACUAAACCCAACCCCCCAUCCCUGCAUAGACCCUACACCCCCAAACCACGAACAGCCACAGAUUCUUACAACCUGCAGCCUCCAAACCCUGCAAAACCUUCAUCAUCAUCAUUCUCUGGUUUCAUCCCGACCCCUCACCCUUACCACCCCACCACCCCUGGGGUUUUGCAUGGAGGUUGGUGGCCUGUUGGAGCGGGACGAAUCAGCUCUCGGCGGCCCACAGCUGCCCCACCUUUCCCGUGGGUGUUGGGAGCUGGAAGUAGUGGGAUGAAGCCACGCAUCACCACAGUAACCACUGCCAGCGUGUCAGUACUUGCAGAGAGUGAUGUCUUCCUGCCCUGCAAAGCAACAGGGAAUCCUGAACCUACCAUUGCAUGGACUAAAGUCUCCACAGGUGCCACUAUCCCAGCUAACACCAAGCAUGGUCCCCGUUUUGAAGUCUUUAAGAAUGGAACCUUUGUUAUUAAAAGCAUCCAGCUUCAGGAUCGAGGCCAGUACCUCUGCACGGCCCAAAACCAGUUUGGAUCAGAUCGCAUGGUCACCACCUUAGCUGUUCAGACUGAGGCACCCAAGAUUCAACAACCAAAGUCCACAGAAAUAGCAAUGUACUUAGGGAAAAGUAUGGCUCUUGACUGCCUUGCCUCUGGAAAACCACCAGCACAAAUUUCAUGGAUUCUUCCAGACAGGACUUUUGUUCGUGAAGUCGGGACUGUUCGUACUCUCCUCUCUCCAAUGUCUCUUCUUCAAAAUGGAACUCUGCAAAUUAAUUCUGCCAAUUUCUCCAACAAAGGGGACUAUAAAUGUAUAGCAAGUAAUGCAGCAGGUGCUGAUACAAUUACUUAUCAUCUCCACGUGGCAGCUCUGCCUCCAAGCAUCAGCGAAGGAGCAAUGGAUACAGUGAUCAUUCAGUCAGGUAGGGGAGUGUACAUCCACUGCUCUGUGAAAGGUGAACCAGUGCCUGCUCUGAAAUGGAUGCUCCCAGCAGGCAUCCAUGUUAAGCCAUCACAGUUUCUGGGACGCAGGCUUUUUGUCUUUCCUAAUGGGACACUGCUUGUGAAGAAUGUUUCACCAUCUGAUGGUGGGAGGUAUGAGUGUUUGGCCACUAACACUGUGGGAAUCGCCAAAAGAACCAUCCAGCUAGAAGUGAGGGCAGAUGCUCCCUCCCUCUCCCGCCUGGCUCCUCCCCCUCUUCCCAUUCCUCCAACCCACCGCCAUGCUGUGCCAUCACGCCAACACUCUAUCUCUGCUAUGUAUGGCUCUGCUGUCUACCUCCACUGUCCAGAGUCUACUGGAUCCACAAGAGGAACCAUCUGGCAGCUGCCGUCAAAGACCAUCAUGGAGUAUCGAUACAGUCCAGAGAGACCAAUUAAAGUUUUCCGUAAUGGGACUCUGAGGAUUCUUCAGCUAACAGAGCUAGAUGGUGGAAAUUAUCUCUGUGUCUUUCAGCGGCCUAAUGGGGAGGACAUGGAGCUCUUCCAGGUGGAGGUGUUAAUGACUGCUCCCAGAAUCGAACAUGUGAGGACUGCGCAGACCAGGGUCACCUUUGGAGAAAAUUUCCAGGUGGACUGUGUUGCAACAGGCCUCCCUGAUCCAGAGGUUUCCUGGAGUCUUCCAGAUGGUACUUUAAUCAACAAUGCUCUACAAUCAGAUGACAGCGGGCUUCGCAAUCGCCGCUACGUUAUUUUUGGCAAUGGAACUUUACUUCUCCAGCAUAUGGGUAAAAAAGACGAGGGUGACUACACUUGCUAUGCCAAAAACAAAUUGGGAAAAGAUGAAAGAAAGGUCAGCGUCAUAGUAGGACCAAAUGCUCCAAAGAUUAAAUUAAAAUCACAUUCUUUUGUGACAGUAAAGUUGGGAGAAUCCACUUCGUUGAGUUGUCAAGCAACAGGUGAACCUACUCCAAGAAUAAUGUGGAUAUCACCACGAAAUGAUGUGAUAUCAGUGUCAUCAGACAAAUUUCAGAUUAUGGACGAUAGCACAUUAGUGGUGAAAAAGGUGACACUUGCUGAUGAAGGGAAAUAUACAUGCGUAGCACGAAAUUCUGCUGGUGAUGAUGUUAAAAACCUGAAACUUGAAGUUGAACCCCAGGAACCCUUUAUCAAUGGCAUGAAAGGGAAGAGCACCACAAAGGUUUUGGGUGUUUCCUACCAAACAGUGCUUCUGGACUGCAGAGUGGAAGGAAAACCUGAACCAAGAGUCUGGUGGGUUACUCCUUAUGGCCAUUCUCUCACAACACCCUACCUCGGUGGUCGCUUCCAAGUGCAUCGAAAUGGGAGCCUUGAGCUGAGAGGGGUGAGGAAAACAGAUGAAGGGAAGUACAUGUGCCUAGCUAAAAACCAUCUAGGUGAAGCCUCAUUUUUGAUUGAGUUAGAUGUGGCAUCACUAGCUGAGAAACCUAGCUUUGCUGUUCCCAAUAUUGAAAUCUUACCAAUAAAGCAAGAUGGUGGGGAAUUGAUCCUGGAGUGUCCUGCUCGUGGCAAGCCAAAACCAGAGUUUGCUUGGCUGCUACCCAACGGGACAAUGUUAACACCUGGUGUUAGACUCCAACGCUUCGCCCAUCAUUUGGGUAAUGGAACUCUACGGAUCUCUCAACCAACUGCAACUGAUAAGGGAGUGUACCGAUGCCUAGCAAAAAAUGUGGCAGGACAAGUGGAAAAACGUUAUGCACUGGAGGCAGGCAGAAAACCAGUGAUCAGAGGAUCUACAGGUGGGAUGAAGAUCACUUAUGGCUUCAAUCUCAACUUGCCUUGUACUGUUGAUGGCUGGCCACAGGCGUCAAUUACAUGGACCCUACCCAAUGGUCUUGUUUUGGACAAACCUCAAACCAUUGGCAGGGUAUCUUUUCUCGCCAAUGGGACCCUCCAACUCAGGCAGGUCGCCUCCUUUGACAAAGGAACAUACAUUUGUAAAGCCUUCAACUCUUUUGGCUCAUCAACACUGUCCUACCCAGUUGCUGUGAUGGUUUUCCCACCACGCAUCACCAACACACUGACCUCAAUUACAAGAGUAAACCGGGGAUCACCAGUGACAUUAAAUUGUGUUGCAACUGGGAUCCCCAAGCCUGAUAUUUCAUGGACAUUGCCUGGACGCACAACGUUGGUUCCACACAACCGGUUCACACCACAGGGAGGGAUACACAUGACAGAGGAGGGCAGUCUCGUCAUACAGAACCCUGUGCUCACGAACUCUGGUAUUUACAAAUGCAACGCGAAAAACGCACUUGGAACAGACUUCAGAUCUACAUACCUACAAGUAGUCUGAGUGACAAUUACAGUUAUUCUGUAAUAAUAAAAUCAGAGUUGAGACUGGAUGAGGAUUCUUCCAUCAGGGUUUUCAUAUACUGUACAUGACAAUGAUGCUUUAGAGACAGACUCAAAAGCUGCAUUUGAGAUACUUUGCAGAGCAGUUUCUGCUGAACAAUGAAGCUUCAAAUUUUGACUUCACAGUGAACAUUCACCUUUUGUAACUGUGUUUUCUUUGUUUUAAGCUAUAAAUGUAGCAAAUGUCUUUUUAUUCUUUAUUUUGAGCCUUAAAAUGCAUUUUCACCCCAUAAAGUGCCUUUUUGGCUGCUCAGAGCUUUGCCUUUUUGGCCUCACCCCAUAGAUGUGAUUUCACAUUGCUCCUCAAACAUUAUAGUUUGUAAAAUUUACUUCACUGUACAAAUUUACUUUGACAUGACAUUGCAAGUGUUCUUCUCUCUUAGUAUUGAUGUAUCUAAAUGUAAUGUGUACCCCUUAUAUGCAUAUUAUUGUCUCUGUUCUAGUAGAAUUACAGUUUACAGUGAUUUCAACUGUAUAACAAAACAGACACUAGAAAACACCUAACAGACUUGCUGCUAAGUUUACAGAAAAUAUUUCAUCACAAUCUCACAGUUCAUCAGUGGACAGUAAUGAGGACUGCAGUGUCAUAACUCCCACAUGUGGGUCUGACAUAAACUAUUCUAUUCAUGUGCUUAAGCACCAUAUUUUAUGAACUUUUAGUUAACAGUGACUUUUUUCUCUGAGAAUACAAUACCCCAUAUUGCUGCUCUGCAGUGUAUAUCAGCAAAUGAUUUGCUGUAUGUAUUAAUAUCAUUUAUUCAUGAUGGUGGGAAAAAAAUAGCUCACAAUAACUACAUUUUAAGGUGACAGCUAUUAACAGGUGAGAUGACAUUGAUACAAAACAAAUGUGAUUAAAAAAUAUGUAAGUAUAUAAUUUAUGAGUCAAAAAUACAAUAUACAAGUAUGUAUUGUUUUUUAUCUGUCAAUUUGCCUCAUUUCGGCAAUGCUAAAACAAUAAAGCAUGGCGGGAUGCAGACUGA